AUGCCUCCUUAUCCCUUCAACCCACACCUCCCCACUCCUCAAGCUCACCCUCCCUCCCCACCUUCUCGCCUGUCCUCACCAAACCAAGCGUUUCUGCUGCUCGUCCCUCUUGCCCCUCCCCCCAUUCACCCCAUGUCUCCACCAGUUAGUCGCAACCACCAACCAAGCCGACAUCCUCGACCCCGCUCUCAUGUGCUCGGGGCGGCUCGUGCCUUGAUGCCACUCUCCUCCCUCUCGGCCCAUCACCCCCUUCACCCCCAUUCUCCCCGUUUCUCCACCAGGUGUGAAGAGAGUGGGGACCGUGAGGUGCAGGGAACGAUGCUGGAGCUGCUGAGUCAACUGGAUGGCUUCAGCAGUGACGACAGAAUCAAGAUGGUGGCAGCCACCAACCGAGCUGACAUCCUGGAUCUGGCUCUCAUGCGCCCGGAGCGACACGGGCUCAUUCACCCCCAUUCAAACCCCUGUCACACCGUGUCUCACCAGGUGGUGGCAGCCACCAACCGAGCUGACAUCCUGGACCCCGCUCUCAUGCGCUCGGGGCGGCUGGACAGGAAGAUUGAGUUCCCACACCCCACUGAGGAGGCACGGGCUCGCAUCCUGCAGGUGAGGUGA